AUGGUGUUUAGAAUGUUUUGAACUUUAACUGUCUAUGGUUUUGAGGGAGUUCGCCUUGACAAUAGUUGAUGUUCCUGCAUUGCUGCAUUAACGUUAGCUACGUUGGUUUAUAUAGUGACAGCGGUAACGUUAACCAUUUUUGUUACACUGACUCUGGCGACGAUUUUCGAUCAGCAGCUAACGUUGUCAGGACGGUAACGUUUGUUGAUGCUAGCGUUAACCUGCUGUCUUCUUACAGCGGUAGAGCAACGUUAAAGCUUACGUUAAUUUAGUCUGUAACGACAGUUGCAAAAUUUAUGAUUCCAAAAACGUCUGUUGCAGAUACCGAGAGCACCGAAAAGAAAUGGACUGCAUACACGGUGGUCCUGUGCUGAGAGGAGAAAAAGUGAUGUCUGAGGUCAGGGUUAACUUGCUUGAACCGGAGGCAGGGACACGCAGUGACCAGGGUGGACCAUCUCCUGACCCUGUGAAAUCUCCUAGUAUUGACUCUUCUGGACCUGAUCUUCAGGGCCUUCUGCCUGCUGGUCACCCAUCCUCUGCAGAUGUUAGUCCCUCGCCUUCUGCUGAGGCAAGUGGCUUGUUGGCGUUACCCUGGGAGAUAGUGACUCACAUUGCGUCACACCUUCCUGCUCAGUGUGUCAUCACUGUGCUGCCAAAGGUCUGUCAUGCAUUGGGUAAUGUGGGUAAGGACAACACCGCUUGGCAGCUGCGGGCAAACAGACUAAUAGGAUCCCGAGCUGGCUUUCCAGUGGGGCCAAGGGAGGACUUUGACUGGCCCUCUGCUUGCCUGGAGAUGGAGCAGCUGAUAACCGGCUGGACAGGCCAAUCACACCUUGUGGCCAGACAGACUCAAGGGGAUGAAGAGGAAAGGGAACAAGUGCAGCAAAGGGGAAGGCAGGAUGGUGAACCAGUUGCAGAAAGACAGGAAGAUGGUAGAGAGAAUGAGGUAGAAGGGGUGGGAGUGGAAGCGCAGGAGGUUGCGUAUGGUGCUGAUGAAGAGAUGGAAGUGGCUAUGGAAGGUGAGGAUGAUGAAAUGCAGCCAAUCGUAGGUGGGGACCAACUGGCAAGCUUGAGAGAGGAAUUGGAAGAGAGACUGGAGGAUGAUGCAGAAGCACUAAUGGAAGAGGAAAGGGACCAUAUGAUGGUAUUUGGUGGCAAUGUGGGCCAGGAUGGUUCUCUAAAUCCCUACCCCAGGAAUCUGGAUAAUGGAAGACGGGUAGAGGUGGAGCAACGUCCACCAGCUAGAAGUCCUAGCCCACCCCCAGCGCUGGAGUGCAUCACCCUAACUUCAGGCCACAUUGCCCAGGUCAACUCAGUCCUCCUCUUGGGGGGAGAGGGAGCAGUUUGUGCCACAGGCUCCAGAGACUGGAAUGUUAAACUGUGGGAUCUACAGACAGGCUCCGGUGGCACGCUGCGCCACACAUUGGGAGGACAGGGUGACUUCAGCACUCAUCGGGGCUGGGUCUGGUGCCUGGCAUCUCAGGGACCUCUGCUGGCCUCAGGGGGCUUUGACAGCACAGUGAAGCUGUGGGACCUACAGGCAGGUGGUGCAGAGAGGGGCCUGAUCAGGGCUGGUGCCGCUGUCCUCUGCUUGUCCUUUCAGACAGAUGUAUUGCUGACUGGUACAUUUGACAAGAGGGUCAGCAUGUAUGACACCAGAGCUGCUGAACCCCUAGUAAAAAGCAUCCGUCUCCAUGGUCACGCUGUAAUGUGCCUAGCUGCAGAUGACAAGUACAUCAUCUCUGGGAGUAAAGACUGCACUGUGGCUGUCUAUGACCGUAGGGCGGGCAAGUGCUUGAAGAAACUUCGGCUGAGCUCUUAUCUGCUGUCCAUGAGCUACAGUGGCUCUGAAGUAUGGGCAGGAGACAACAGUGGCAUGAUCCACUCCUUUUCCAUGCAGACGGGAACCUUAAAACCCCUGUCCCAGUUUGAUGUUGGACACACAGCUCUGGUCACUGGCAUCCACAGGUCCCCUGGGAGCCUCUACACCUGUUCCUCUGAUAGUACUGUCAAGGUGCAUAUCCCUUGUGCUCCUCCAAGAACAUUAUGCACACUGCAUCACCAAACUGGAGUCAGUGGGCUGAGUGUGGAUGCUGGAGUCCUUGCUGUCGCCUCAGGUGAUGUGUGUGUGGAAAUCUGGAGGCCCAGAAAAUGAAAGAGCAAGACCCGCAAACUAUUUGGCAAGACUUAAAAAGCGGGUGGUGAUGUUAGCACCCCCUUGAAAACAAGAGGGCAUUUUGGAAUUUACAACAAGUAAAUAACAUUUCAAGAAGAAACCGCUUUCUUCUUUUUUCUUCUUCAAGACAGAUGUUAGUAUUCAUUAAACAAAUAAACAAGAGAAGGUAGGACUGGAAAUUAAGACAGUUGAGCCCUGUGUCGUAAAAAAUGGCCAAUCAAGUUAUUUUUAUUUUGCUGAAAUGCCAAACAAAUGUUGUUUAAAUUAGCCGUAAUACAUCAUUCAUUUUAGUUUUUUUUCUUGUGUUUAUAUUGUUAUAUGCUAGCGCUAAAUUUGAGAAGGUCCAGGUCCCUUGUGUUGGAUCAGCUAUAAGCCCUCAACCAUUUUUUAACUCCUUGUUUGAUCCUGUUAAGAGAUUUCCCUACAAACAAAUAUGUAUGUGAAAACAGGAAAUGUGUUUACUGAUAAUGUUUGUCUCAUGCACCUAUCUUUCAAAGACACUGCAUUUGAAGGAAUUGGUCUCCUCCAAAUUGUUGUGCGUUCAAACAGCAAUCAAACUAGUGUAUAGCAGGCUAUUUGCAUGCUCCCAAAAUGUCUGAAUCCAUUACAGUAACUGACAUUGUACCAAAAACAUUAGUUACUUUUCAUGUAAAGUGAAAUAAUUGUAUCCAAUGUGACACACCGAUUGUAUUUGUAAAGCUAUUUAUUUAAUGAUUGUGUGUAUGUGAGUGUGUAAAACAAUGUUCAACAAUUUAAUUGCUAGGAUAAAUCUAACUAUAAAUCAUUUACACAAUAUUAGAGGCCUGCAUCUAAAACACAUUGAAGGACUAUUUCUACAGACGAUGGCAUUAAAUGGCCUCAAAAU